UAGAACACUUUUUGCACCUGUACAAAACGUUACUAUCCCAAGCCGGCAACUAAAGCGGUGGAUCAACUUCUGCUGCUCCUGCUGGCAAAGAUUACGUUUAGCGAUGCACAUCCUCCCGCGGGAAUGACGGUCUUUGUGCUUACUUCAGGCCAAAGGAACUACUAGACGGUGUCUUCCAGCAAGCCAGGUAUUCGUGCGCUUUCCGUCACCUGGCCGGCCGAAAAGAGACAACAGGGGCGCGGUGAGGAGAAACGAGCAGGCGCCGCCACGAUCAGGUUACAGCAGGGAACUCGGGAAGCGCUCCUUACCCAGGCACCCAGGGUUAGGGAGGAUCCUCCACGCCCCUUCACCCAUUGUCCGGGCCACCUCGGCAGUUUCCGUUCCCGCUUCGGCUCCUUUCGACUCUUUCCCCCUCCGCCCUGUGGGAGAAAGUCGGAAAGCUUCGGGAGCGCGCCGCGGAGCUUCCCGGGGACUCGCGCGUCGGAAGAGUUCCGCGCAGCCACCGCACGACUCACCUGGAGAGCCCUGGAGGCGACCUCCACCGGCCGACGCCAGCCGUGGGCUUCUUCCUCGGGAACGACGGCAGGCGGCUUGUGCGAAAGCCUCUUCCCCACCCGCUUCUGAAGCUUGGCCUGGCCGGCCGCCGCGUCGAAGGCUAGUCGGCGGGUGCGAAGUUUAUUAGGACCUCCCUUGAGCUAGCUGGGAAUAUGGCCACCGGGGGCUACCGGGGCAGCGGGGCCAGCGGCACCACUUCCACGACCACCACCGACUUCCUGGAGGAGUGGAAAGCCAAGCGGGAGAAGAUGCGGGCGAAGCAGGCACCGCCGGAGCCCCAGUCGCCGCCCCCGUCGGGAGCCAGAGCGGGAAACGCGGAGCCCCCGGGGGGCAAAGCCGGCGUGGCGCCGGUCUCCCCUGAGGAGGAGAAAGUGGCAACGAAGGGGAAAGGCUCCUCUGGCCCCAGCGCCCGGAAAGGGAAAGGGCAGAUUGAGAAGAGGAAGCUGAGGGAGAAGAGGCGCUCGACAGGUGUGGUGAACAUCCCGGCCACUGAGAGUUUAGAUGAAUAUGAUGAUGAUGAAGCAGGACAGAAGGAACGCAAAAGGGAAGAUGCAAUUACACAACAGAAUACAAUGCAAAAUGAAUCAGCAAGUGCAGACCCAAGUGCCUCAUACAUAUUGCAGGACACUUCCAGGACAAUUUCAAGCAGAUAUAAAAGUGCAGCAAACGUGCCAGAUGAAGAUGUUUCCAGUCGAUAUUCACGACCAGCAGACAGGACAGGAUAUAACAGAUACAACAGGGACACAAAUUCUUCUGGGAAUAUUGUACCAAAUAAUUCUUUGGAAAAGAAGAUUGAAGAUCUUGAAAAGGAGCUAGCAAAAGAGAGACAAGAAAACCUAAGGCUUGUGAGGAUAGCACAAGACAAAGAGGAGCUGAUUGGGAAACUGAAGGAGGAAAUUGAUUUACUAAACCGGGACCUAGAUGAUAUAGAAGAUGAAAAUGAGCAAUUAAAGCAGGAAAAUAAAACACUCUUGAAAGUUGUUGGACAGCUGACGAGGUAGAAGAUGGAAGCCUCAGUGAGGAAUGAAAUACGAAAACUACUGAUUGAAUGUUUGAAGAUCAAGACUAGAAUAUUUCCUUCAUUGCAAUAUGUCAAAACAACUCUCUUUAUAUUUAUUAUUGAGUGGGGAGGAAAGAAGAAGGUUUUAUGUAAUCUUCUUUCUUUCUUCAAAGACAGAGAAUCAAAUUUUGUAAGUAAGUUCAUUCCCUUGCAUUUUCUGAGAUAAUCAAUUCAGAUGUUGACAUUCCUUAAAGUAACAUGUUCUUAAACAUUCUAUGUGUCUUUAGGUUAUAUGUAUAAGGCCCAGUUACAGGUUUUUUUUAAAUUGUCUGACUACCAUGAUUACAUUUUGGUCUAUAUGGACAUUACCUCUUUGAACUUUCCUCUCGCCUCCUGUGAAAGGAAGUAAAAGGAGUAAACUCUGUUUACACAGAUUUAAAAUAUAUAUUUUGGGAGAUAUUUUUCAAACAUCUGUAAAGUGCAGGUGCCUUACUACAGUACUGUUGUGAAACAUUUUAAAGAUGGAUUACUUCUACUACAGUAAAUUUUGUAUUUUGUGAUUUUAUUUUAUGUUAUAUCUGACAAUGAUAGAUUUUUUUUUUCCUUUGUCGCUGCUCUUUGACAGAAAAAUGUUUUAUAAAACAUCAGUAAAUCACCAGUCAUUAUCAACACUAGGAAAAUAGUUUUAGGAAAAUACCUAGUUUGCAUAUUGUAAGUUAACCACAAUGCUUGCGUAUCUACAGGAAAAAUGGAUUCAUUCACACAGAGUGCUAUUCUCUGCAUUUAAUAAACACUAAGGCCUGGUUCAGACAACCAUCAUGAUUUAGUGCAAACUGUUUUCCUGGAUUUGUAGCCAGAGAUUAUAGCUUUCGCAGUACAGCGUAUGGGGAAGAAACAGGCUGUAGUCACAUUCUUGCUCUGGUGAACUAAGGUUGUUUAUUCGAAUCGACUGUUAUGCCUGAACAAAGGCAAUGCAAGAGUAGUGGCUUGUGGUCUGUAAACCACAGAUUUACAUUUUGCUGGCAUCAAAAUAUUAUAAACCAAGAAUAGCACAUUCAUUUUGCAAAAAUAUGAACAGUUGUGAGUGUAUAAGAUCUUACUUGAUCUUUAUUGGUAUUUGAAGCUGUGAUAAAAAUUUGUUGAUGAAUAUAGUUUACAAAAAAGAAGUUAGAUUUGGACGUUCUAAAAGUAUUACAGAAAAACAUCCAUGCCAGAAUAACAUUUAACAUUUGUUAAAAUAAAGAAUGUCAUAUGUUGUGUUAUGCCCUAA